CGGCGUAGGCCGGCUUGUUUGGGUAUUACCGUCACACUAUGGCGGCGCGCAGAGCUGAGCUAGCGUGUGUCGACGGCAGCCGCGCUGUGGGGACCGGACCGAGUCCUGCACAGGAGCAGCGAGAGGGGCAGGAGAAGGCGGCGGCGCGGGCGUCAGGAGGCGGCUCUGAGCAUAUGCUGCUUACUGAGGAAGAACCGCAAAACUGUAAAUUUGGAAGGAGCAGCCUGGACCGGCAGCUGAGGAACAGCAAGUGCCCUGCGCUGAAUACAAUGUUGCAACAUUCAGAUACAAAUUGCGAUGGCACGGAAAAUGCAGGUGCGUUGGAGGAGGCAGAGGAUUUUAUUCCCAGAAACAGAAAUGUGUUGGGAGCAGCAUUCUGCCCUCAGGAAUUGCGAGAGGAGACCCCUGGAAGAGAAGAGACUCGUACUGACCCACCUGAUGGCCAGCAAGACCCAGAAAGUGAGAAGGGCAAAGAGAAAACCUUAGGGAAAGAAGUACUCUUAUUGAUGCAAGCUUUAAAUACUCUUGCUACUCCAGAAGAAAAGUUGGCUGCACUCUGCAAGAAAUAUGCUGAUCUGUUGGAGGAGAGCCGAAAUGUUCAAAGGCAAAUGAAGAUGUUGCAGAAGAAACAAGCACAGGUUGUGAAAGAGAAGGUCCACUUGCAGAGUGAGCACAGCAAGGCCAUUCUAGCACGCAGCAAACUGGAAUCUCUCUGUCGUGAGCUUCAACGCCAUAAUAAAACUUUAAAGGAAGAGAACAUGCAACAAGCCCGUGAAGAGGAAGAGAGACGUAAAGAAGCAACUGCCCACUUCCAGAUCACACUAAAUGAAAUUCAGGCACAGCUGGAACAGCAUGGCAUACACAAUGCAAAGCUUCGCCAGGAAAAUAUUGAAUUAGGAGAGAAAUUGAAGAAACUUGUAGAACAAUAUACACUGCGAGAAGAACACAUGGACAAAGUCCUCAAGCAUAAAGAACUGCAACAGCAGCUGGUGGAUGCCAAGCUUCAGCAGACAACUCAGCUAAUAAAAGAAGCAGAAGAGAAGCAUCAGAGAGAGAGGGAGUUUCUGCUAAAAGAGGCUACUGAGUCUAGACACAAGUGUGAACAGAUGAAACAGCAAGAAGCUCAAUUAAAACAGCAGCUUUCUCUCUACAUGGAUAAAUUUGAAGAAUUCCAGACAACAAUGGCAAAGAGCAACGAACUUUUCACAACAUUCAGGCAAGAGAUGGAAAAGAUGACCAAGAAGAUAAAAAAACUGGAAAAAGAAAUAAUAGUUUGGCGCACAAAAUGGGAAAACAACAACAAAGCUCUCUUGCAAAUGGCUGAAGAAAAAACAGUGAAGGACAAAGAAUACAAAGGCUUCCAAAUAAAACUGGAGCGUUUGGAAAAGCUGUGCAGGGCUCUUCAAACAGAAAGGAAUGAGCUGAAUGAGAAGGUGGAAGUUCUUAAGGAACAGGUUUCUUUAAGAGAAACAGAUGUUGAUCUAGCUGUGCAUGUGUUGCAGUCAUGCACACUCAAUUCGCAUGAGGAACUGGGGAGUUCUACCAAUGGAGCGCAAGAAGGAAUUCAGCCAGAUCCUGAAUCAUCAGUGGCAAAUGAAGGCUCUGAAAAAACUGUUUGCCUGGCUUCCAUUCCUACUGCAGAUUUUGUUGACUAAAAGUGUAAACACUGUAUUGAGAGAUAUAUUUUGUGUAUAACUUUAACUGGUGGUGGUAACUCUUAGUUUUGUGGUGAAAAUUUUCUUACUUUUUCUACCAUAUCUGUAUUUUCUUAGAACAGAACUUGCCUGGUACAGGAAGCUGCAUAGCGGCUAUUGAAUAGCUUAUCUAUAAAUUUUCCACAACUGUGUUGCACAUCUGCCUCGUUUUUUAAAAUAGAACUCAUAAAGGAUGCAUGCAGAUUCCUUCCUUCUGACCCCAUAGCACACAUCACCAUGUCAUCUAAGACUCGUGUACAGAUUUAACAUCAUGUCAGGGGAACAACUGUGGCCAGAGUGUUGCAGACUCGGGGUUUGGGGGGGGGGGAGGGAAUCGUUGCUUCUAUUAAGUGAAUUAAGGCUUAGUAUUGAAUUGUAAUGACCAAAUACUACAGUGAACUAUAAUUGGAGAUGUGAUGGCCAGUGGAAGCUCAUUACUGGAUUCAUAUAUGAACAAAACUAAAAACUCUUACAGGGUUUAGUGUAGCUGCAGUCUUGCCUACAGCUUUGAAAUCUAUAUAAUUUUGCAACUGGAAAACAGGGUGUACAACUCACAUAUUUCUCAGGAUUGUCCUGCACAGUCAAUUCAUAGACUGUUGCCUGACCUGUUAAAGUGAAGAAACAAGGGAAGAAAACAGGCACUUAAAAGUUUGUCCAAUUAACCACCGACCAAAACUCAGAUGCAUUUUGAGCACACUUUUGCGUCAUCCUGGAGAUAAAACCUUAAUAGUUAAAACCUACUGCCUACAAAUGCAUGUGUGUAGUUGUGGCUUGUCUGAUAAAACAAAAUGCAAUGGGUUUUUGGUUUGUGGGUGCUAGGCAAAAGUACUUUUUUCUGCCAUGAUUUCUUCACUAGGUUUGGUGCCUAAUUAGCAUGAAAUAAUGAACAGCUACAAAGGUGUUCAUCACUGAAAAUGGGUGUAAUGACCAAUAACACUCCAUCUGUUGGUCCCUUUAAUAGACAGUACAGCAGACCACAAUGCACAUAUUUGACUGGAAACAUGUUCCCAUGAAAACUUACUUGCCUAUUUAACAAGGAUAGGUCAGAGUAUAGAUAAUACAGUUUGUCGUCUAGGGAUGGAGGGGGGAAUACUCUGAUCUGUUUUCUCAACUAUUGCUUUUUGUAAAAUAAAAAUGUAUGACUAGAUAAAACACACCUGUAAGCGAAAGUGCCUUCUGGUAUCUAUAGGUUACCUGGUAGAUUUGGCACAUCAGUUAACUAAUAUACAGCAAGCGAGGCUCCACUUUAUUUCUGUUGCGUUUGUGGUUAGUGUUGUGAAUGUAGAUUGACCUGGAAAAGCCCAGAUACUCCCAUAAUUUGGACUUGUGUUUCUUUGAUUUAUUUAAAAGACAGGGACCAAUAGUGUUUUCUUUGUUAAUGUUAGGCAGAGUGCUACUAGGUCAGAAGCUGCUGUUUAACUCUGCCUUGCAGUUAGUAGCUUUCUAGUUGCUGGUUGUUUUGAAAAAUACAAAUACUCCUAUUUCUGGUAUUUAAUUUGGUUUCCAUUUUUAAGAGAUUUCUGACUCAAGCACAUAAUUGUUGGCAGGUUCUCUCCUUGCCUACCCAUUCUCUCUGAGUUGCAGAUUACUUGAAUGUUCAGGCUAUGUUGCUAUGUGCUACCCUUUUCCUGAUGAAAUGUACAGAAUGAAAAUAGAUGUCUUGAAAGGAAAUAAAGGUUGGAUCACACCUACUGAAUGUUACCUAAUACCAUUGAGCAAAAUCAAAUUGGCAUCUGCAGUGACCAAAUUUGGAAACUGGCCAGUUAAUAUUCCUUAUAAGGUGCAUUUGCAGUUUUUCCUUUUCUUUUUUGGUAUGCAUUUCAAGUACAGUAAAAGAAAGCAAAGCUGGUGGGAGGUUUUAUAGUGAGGAAGGGUAGAAUGAGCUUUGUCCGUCAUAACCAUUUGAUUGUAAUUGAUUCUGGAGAGAAAUUUUCUGAUGUUUCCUUUAAAAAACAAAACAAAAAACCUUGUCCAAUACUUUAAAGCAUAUAUGUGUAAGCAAAGACGUCAUAGUAAAUAAUUUGAAACUGAAUGCAAUUUUGAAGGACCAAACUGCAGUGUAUCUGAACCAUCCCACCCCACCAACCCAAUGUAUGUGGUUGCCUUGCAUGUAGCCAGGAUUGGUGUAACGUUUGCUUUCUUUAGAGAAGAGUAGACUUUCGGUCCCGGUGCAUUAAAAAUUGCUUCCACGUUAUAGCUAAAAACACCCUAAGGAUUGUGGCCACUAAUACUUAAAAGUAAUUGAAUUGAAUUGACUAUUCUUUCUGGUUCCUGUCUUUUCUAAGUGUAGAACUAAAUUUUGUUUCCUGAAAUCUUGACAUUCCAUACAUUGACCAGUGAGAGGGCCAGCAUGGGAUAAGCGCAGUCCUUGUCUGAUCUGGAAUUGCACUGCUGUUCUCCAGCUCUUUUUUCCAAUGUACUUCCACCUGUACAACCCAUGCUUACCACUGGCAGCUGCUUUAAUGUGCGAAUUCCAGUAAUCAUGUGCUAAAUUUAAGGCUGUUCCUUGUACCGUCCAUCUCUUUAUACCUUUUGCAAUGAUGCGUACAGUGUAGGGGGGGGGGAGUGCACUGUUAUUCCUAUUGCAUAACCGGUGGUUCAAAUCUGCCGAUUAAGCCCUAGAAUCUUAAACUAUUCUCACACAGGACCCUCAAAGCCAACACUCUUUUUCAUUUGUAAUUCUUAAGUGCAUUUGAAUACAUGCUUGGGGGCUGUAUCUUUCCAAUCCGUUCUCUCUCUAUUACACCUGGUUAUGUUACCGUUCAGUUCUCAGGUGUUGCAGAAAAUCUACCUCUUCAGACUGUAGAUGGAAAUAACUGUGAAAAGUGAUGCAGAUAUUUAGUUUGUGCCGAACACUCUGCUUUAUUUUUACAACCCAUACCUGCUUUCAUGAAAAAGAAAUGCUGAAUAAAAUAGCCAGUCUUGUUUUUGCUUUUCAAGAACAUUUUGUAGAGAUUUUUCACUAAUGUGAAUCUGAAAUUUUAUCUACUCAGUUCUGUAUAAAUUAAGUAAAUAUGUGUGCUUAAUA